AUGCGAUUUCACGCCGCUUCCAGCACCGCCGAGACCAUCGGCGAGCGAUAUCACGAUAUCCUCAGUUCUCCUACGCUCGCAGGGCUCCGGCACAUUCGCAACAUCGUUCAUGAAGCUGUGGUGCUUGAGGAUGUUAUCAAAAGUACGUGGAUGAUCGAAGAACUCGCAUCGAAAAGCGUAUCGCUGCAAGAUCUGCGAGAUCAACAAGAGGAGGCUAUCGCCGACGAUAAGAAGAAGCAACAUAAGCAGGGUAUACGAUUCACACGAUCUGUCAUCAUCAAGGAGAUGAACCGCCUCAAGGAUGAGUGGCGAGAGAAUAAAGAAGUUAUCGUCAACGGCAUACCAAAGAGGCUGCAGUUCAAGCAGUGGUUGGAGCACACAGGGAAGCAAUAUGACUAUUUAUCUAUGGAUACACAGCGUUCACAAAUGACUCAAGCACUGAAAGAAGAGACUGACGGCUAUAUGAUAGAUACACAACUCCCUGAUGAUGUGCGUGAAGCUAUCCGCAAGGCACAGUAUGCCGCGAAGCCCCUCAGCGCCGUUGAUCUCACCGGCCUCCCUCACAGUGAUGAUACGGUCACUUUCAACCUCACACAAGCACACGAGCACGAGGAAAUGGAUGAAGAAGACGAGAUUCUUCCUGUAAUUGAAGUCGCCGGCGGCAGCGAAGUCGAGAUGCCCUCAUCGCCGCCCUGUGCACCUGACUCUGAGUCAUCACUACCUACACUUCCCUCAACUCCUUGUCCCUAUCAACACCACACGCAGCUUCAUGAGUCACUUCGUGAUAUCAUCAGGGGAAUAAGAACGGCACAAGAAGAUAGCCUUAUUGGCUAA